UUGUCGUCACCAAAUCUAGGCGAGCAGUGUAAAACCAUAGCUGAAUUCCCCAGUAUUUUUGAGCAGUUCCCUUUUCCUGUGGUAAUUAAUUCAAUUUUUCUGAAGAUUGCUGAACUUUUCCGUGAGGGACUGUUUGGUGUCCUGAGUCGUAUCGUCAAGGAUAACAUCAGCGUUCACCACGUUCUUAUGUCCAAGCUUGAGUCGCACUAUGAAGUUGAAUUAAGUGCUGCCAUCUGGACUGCUUAUGAGUUCGCUUCAAUAUCUAAUGAUUUUACAACUGACAUCGACACAAAACUGAAGCUUAUACCCCUUGGUGAAUACGCAUAUCAUGACAUGGUCUUCCUUCCUAAGAUCGAACUUCUUUUGACGCACUUUAGAAGUGCCUCCGCUGUGGACGUCAGGACCAAUCUACUCUCUAACUUGAUUAACCUCGCGAAUAAACUCCCCAACCAGUGGGAUUCCGCACAUAUUUCGCAACUGUGCGAAACAUUUCUGGAGACUUCCACCACGGACCAAGAAAAGGCAACGAUCCUCAUGGUCUUUUAUCAUUUAACCUCUUCCGUUAAUGCUGCCGAACUUCUUUCUUGUGCAAACCCUUUAAGUAAACCCUGUGUGAGCGUAUGUGUGGAGCACGCCCUUACCGGGGAGGUAGCUACGUCAUCUUCGCUUUUGCCCAAUGCCCUGUCAUUAGCCUGCAAAAUUUCGCGUUGUAUCGGCGUUGAUGCAAUAUUUGAUUCCGAAUCCGUUGCCGCAAUGCUUGUUGCAGCCCACGCCCCUGCUGGUUACGUGGGUGAUCAUUCGGGCUUCAGUAGUUCGUGGAUAUUGUCUGAUUCCGGACCACCUCUUCAAGCGCUAAGACUACUCUACUCUGAACUGCUCAAAUUUUUCGAAGCCUUUCCGUCCUAUGUAAGCGUAAUUGGCAGCAUCGAACUUUUCAAAGAAGUCCGUUUAAUCCUUGAGAAACGUUUUCGAAAUAUGUAUUUUCUACCUCUGAACGGCUUCUUCCUCAUAGGUGGCAGCCCUCGAAUGGCCCUUCUUUGUCAAUUUCUUGGACGAAUCUGUGAAAACGACAGACUUGCUUGGUUACCUGAACCCUCGGAAUUAUUGACACAGUUGAGGACUUCUUGCAAUCCAGUUAGUCCCACGUGCGGCUUUGACCAGCUCCUACAAGUUUGCGUGCUUGUGUUCAGAGUAGCUAAUGGGCUGCCUUUGUCAAAGGAACAACAGCACGACCUUCUCGAAUGCCUGGCUCGGGCUACCGAUGAUGGGUCUGGGGCUGCAGCGGCGUCGGCAACUACGCUUGACCCCUGGAUUGUUUACAAGUUGGCCUGCAAAGCCAGUUUGCACAAACAGCCACGUUUCGCCGCUGAGUUAUUUGAGCAGCUCACUUCACUGGUAAGCCACAAUGAGGAAAGCAUCGUUCUUAUAGCAUUUUUAAGUCUCAUAGAAAAGGCGAAAAUUAAGUCUACGUUCACCAAGGCCAUAACCGAGAAGAACAUUUCCUGGCUUAGGGGCCUAGCUGCGUUUAAUUGCGCCCACGCUGACCUAUUUGAUGCCGUCUCUGAUUUGCCUUUAGGUGGCACUUGGGUGCCAAAACUGAUUUCGGCGAUAACCACUGCGUCUGCUUCCAUAUUGGAAGCACAACAAUUAGUUCUGGCCGCCGACGGUCAUACAGUACACCGUUUCCAAACUGCCUACUUCGAAAUCCGCUCUGUCCUGCUCUCCUGUCUUGCCCGGAUGUGCAACGAAGCUUUUCAGGCCGGGGCUUUUGCAAACUCAGGCGUCUGCUCCCGGUGGCAGCAGCUGCGCCGCAUGAAUGCCGCCCUCAUGAAAUCUGAGGGCGACCACACUGGAAAGAUCACUUCUAAUGACCAAAAUCCGCUCAUUUCGUUAAGGUCGUUGUUGCCUUUGUGGAAGGGUUUGGAGGAGAAGGUUUCUGCACUUACCCAGCAAUGUAUCGACGCCGACCCUGGGACUUUGCGUCAUCUGAACGCCAUUUUGGAUCUUGUCCACUUAUUCAUUGAAAUCCUUACCAAAUGCGGAUCUCCUGCGGAACUCAAGAUUCCAGAAGGUGCUGGUUUAAGUGAUUGUAGUGUACCGGUGUCUCAGGACAGUUUCGAGUCAGCUGUGGCUAUCCUGCGUCAACUGGUAGCCCACUCUCCUCUCUCAGCAUCACUCUUAGUCAAUCUUGCAACUCACUUAGUUUCCCAAUCACCCGCAAAUUUUCCCAGCCUUUUCUUUACCCGCUGUCAGUCCACACAAGUGCGCCUAGUUCUUCUUCCCUCCACCAACAACUCGGACACCCUGACGCUGUCAUCCGGAGCCUCGCUUGUUCUCCGAGUAAUGGGUGUUGUAACGCAGAGUCAAAUGGACGGCCAACGUAGGCCUCUUCGAGCAGUCACCGCUGUAAAGUUAAUUCUAAACCUUCAACACCACCAAGGGCCUGGCGGCAACACGAACGAAUGCCUUGGUAUGCAGCUUCUUCCUGUGAGAGGCGAUUUCUUUUCAGGGGAGUUUUGUGUGGACCUCCCGAGUAUGGUAGAAGUUUGCCGGCUCACCGUAGAAGCCAUUCUUUUGGAUGAUCAACAAAGGAAGUGGAAACUAGGGAACGAGGGUGGCGCUAUGGCCUCGCUGAAUGUUCGUAUAGAAAGUGUGGGAAACAAUAGCGCUAAAUCCGUUGGAGAUACAAGACUGGUGUUGCAAAAUUUUAAUUUACCACUGCCUAUGCAAGUUGAAGGUAUCCUUACAGCUGCGACCCCAUCACAAUAA